GCUAGGUAACCAGGUCUCCCAGCCCCUUCCCAGCACAUCCUGAACUGCACAUCGGCAGCCUCCAGCCAUCUUCCCUGAGUCUCUCAGACACCCGCCCUCUGUGGGAUCCUCAAGAGCAGGAGGAGGGGAGAAGCAAGCCCAGUCACCACCCCUGAGCUGCACUACCCCCGUUUCACUGUGAAGACUCGGCCGCUGGGCCACUAGCUCACCACCGCCAUGAGUCUGGGCAUCAUGGAGGAGGAGGACCUGGCCGAGUACUUCCGGCUGCAGUAUGGGGAGCGGCUGCUGCAGCUGCUACAGAAGUUCCCCAGUAUUGAGAACCAGUCGGACUCUCCAUCCGUCCGGCUACUGGAGAAGAAGAAGGAGGCCAAGAUUAUGCACCAUGCCAUGGAGCAGAAGAAGGAGACAUUUCAACGCAGAAUGGAAACCCUGAACCUGCGCUGGGAGGAACUGGGCAUCAAGGAGGCCCAGCUGAAAGCCCACAUACAGAAGUUUGAGCAGUUCAUCCAGGAGAAUGACCAGAAACGGAUCCGGGCCCUAAAGAAGGCCAAUAAAGAGCGCGAGCUAAAGAGGCAGCGCAUGCGUGAGCUGGCCAAGGCCAAGCAGGAGAUGGCCGUCCUGCGACUGGAGCACCAGCGGCUGAGCGCCAAGCUGCAGGAGUACUCCAUCUUCAACAAGUACCUGGAGAAGGUGGUGGAGAACUCCGAGUUUGAGGAGAUCCACGAGGUGAUCGCGCGCUACAAGACACUGGUGAGCAUGCACCACGACCUCAUGCAGUCGGCACAGGAAGGCCAGGAGAAGAUUGAGCGUGCCAAGGCGCGGCUGGCACGCUACAAAGAGGAAAAGGACGACGAGAUCCUGCAGCACAACAACGAGCUGGCGCGUCUGCAGAUGCGCUUCGACCGUGCCCGCAGUGACGUCAUCAUCUGGGAAUCUCGCUGGGCGCACAUUCAGAACACCGCUGCCAAGAAGACCCUCUUGCUUGGCACCAUUAAGAUGGCAACGCUGAACCUCUUCCAGAUCGUGAGCAAACAGCUGAAGGAGGCGACCUUCGUGUCUCUGGAGGACACGCACAAACAGCUGGACAUGAUCCAGCAGUUUAUCCAGGACCUGUCAGACAUCUGGGCAGAGGUGAAGAAGAAGGAGCUACAGCAAAUCCGGGUUUGAAGAGCAGCCGUGGUUCCAGAACAUUCCAAGACAGAGAAGGGAGGGAGGAAGUUGCUGGUGACCUUGUCAUCCAGUCAGCCCAGUCCAGCUCCCUGGAACAUACCCCCCACCCACCUUCAUGCCUUUCUGCUGGUGAAAUCCCUGUUUUUCACAUCAGGCCUCAGCCCAUCCCAUCCCUGAAGACAUUAAAUGUUAUAAGAAUUUUGUUCCUAA